AAAUAAGUAGAAAAUGAAGGCCUCGCUGGGAUAGCGCAGCGCUAAGCCUACACCUACCGAGCUUCUACCCUUCUUGAGCUAAGUGUUGUACAAAUCAUAACAUUGAACAAGACCAAAAUGCCCCUACCAUUUCUUGGUCGAUUAGACAUAGCCGAGUAUUUCGCCCUCGUAGGCUCGUUCUUACUCGUCGGUCUCGAAGUCUUCGUCCGAGUGUUAACACUAGCUUUACCAACUUCGUUGUUGAACCUCUUCUACCGAGCCUCGCGACGGGCAUUCAAUAGGUUUACAACCGAAUCGCAGAAAAGAGCGGAACAGAGAAGGAAGUCUAUCUCGACCUCCGUUCGAAAUGCCUCCGAUUUCGUUGAUCUCUGUGCCAUGUUUGGCUAUACAGCCGAGGAACAUGUACUACAAACUAAGGAUGGGUACCUGCUCGGAAUACACCGCCUAGCAUGGAGAAAAGGCGAGGAAGACAUGAAGGUCAAUGACGGACCUGCUAGUCUUAAGAAGCGUGUUGUCUACCUUCACCACGGGCUUUUGAUGAACAGCGAGGUUUGGGUUUGUCUCACUGAUGCGCAAAGGUCUCUACCUUUCGUGUUAGUGGAAAGGGGUUACGAUGUUUGGCUGGGCAACAACCGAGGGAACAAAUAUUCCAAGAAAUCAGCGAAAUACUCCCCGACUUCUACCGAUUUCUGGAAUUUUUCGAUCGACGAGUUUGCAUUUUACGACAUCCCAGACUCCAUCAAUUACAUCUUGGAAACUACAAAACAGGCAUCUCUGUCUUAUAUUGGCUUCUCUCAGGGAACGGCGCAAGCAUUCGCUAGUUUAGCUAUACACCCUAAACUUAAUGAGCAGGUCAAUGUCUUCAUCGCGUUGGCUCCGGCCAUGGCGCCUGCCGGGUUAAACAACGGGAUCGUUGAUGCUCUCAUCAAAGCUUCGCCUCAGGUCUUAUUCCUCCUCUUUGGCAGACGUUCCAUUCUUAGCUCUGCUACGAUGUGGCAGUCUAUAUUGUACCCGCCCAUCUUCAUCAAGGUCAUCGAUAUGGGAUUGUCUUUCCUAUUUGGGUGGAAGACUAAGAACCUAUCCGUCAGCCAAAAACUUGCCGCCUACCCACACCUAUACUCGUUCACUAGCACCAAGUCGGUUGUCCAUUGGUUCCAGAUUAUUCGCAACCAAUCUUUCCAGAUGUAUGACGAUGAUGUGCAGACGCCUCUAUCCGUCAACGGCUUAAACAAGUACACGAAGGUCGCCAAGUAUCCAACCCGCAAUAUCAAGACCCCGAUUGUCUUAGUAUACGGAGGUAGCGACUCCCUAGUGGACAUAAAGGUUAUGAUGAAGGAAUUGCCUAACCGGACGGUUGCUACCGAAAUUCCUCACUACGAGCAUCUUGAUUUCCUCUGGGCUCGCGACGUUGAUGCUCAAGUCUUCCAACAUGUCUUCGACGCCUUGGAGAAUUUCAGGGGCGCAGAGCAUUCCGUAGAGCAGUUCGAGAGUUAUCAACGAGCGCGUAGUGUCAGCUUGUCAGCAUCCAAUGAAUUCAAACACGCUCGCAUUAAUAGCGAUGCCCCCGAAUCUGACUCGACGUCCGUGCAAUCUAAUGGACCUAAUGGACAGGCUCAGGAGGGCAAUGGUAGAUCCCACAAGGCGCGUGAAAGACCCGCGGAUCACUCUGAUUUCACCACAGAACCAAUUCAGUCCCCGAACGCGACAGACGCCAAUCUCGCCCACCCUAUUACCACCAUCGCAGAAGACGUCAGCUCGCCUUCACCAGAGAGAUUGACCCCGAUUGGAGGUCAGGAUGGCACGAACGACUUGUCCGACCCUAUGACCCCAACUCCAUCAGGGCAGAAAAAGAAUUUUCGUAGGCGUAACAGCGCGGCUAGCAACCUCAGCCUAGAUUCUAUGAAAGGCGGCCGAGGCAUCAGGGUCGGCGCCGCGAAACCUAUCACGGGGAGUAGUAGCGACGAGGGUCGGAGGCAUUCUGGUUUCGAUUGAUACCCUAACACGCAAGUCGUGAGUUCAAAGGCGUGGUAUAUAUAAAUUGGGCGGACUGUUUAGAUUGGCGCUUGUGCAUAGAGGGUCGACCC